GAGGAGCUAAGCCAAUGCCAUCAAUAUUUAUAUCAACAAUUAAAGGCUCCCAAAAAACCAUCAAAGAUCUCAUUCAUUUUAUCAAUGAAACAAUUAGGGAAUAUAUGGAACAAGAUUUGUACUGCUCAAUUUAUACUUACUCAGAAGGUUUAUGGUGUAAAGCGAAAGUACAAGAUUAUAGUAAAAAAUUGGAUGUCCUCAAUAAAAUAUAUCUCGAAGAAUUAGAUAAGAUUGUGUUAAACGACACAGAAGAAAAUCUAAUUAAGAAAGAAAUAAAAUAUUUUAUUGAGAAUAAUAAGUAUUACAAAAGCAUAGAUAUGCUUUAUAAAAAAGACAUAUUAAUUUAUGACCCACCAGAAACUGGAAAAAUGACUUUAAUCAAUGUAAUAAGGUCAACUCUGAGGAGAGAUAUUUGUUUUCUCAACUUAGGAAAUAUAAAAAAAGAUAGUGAGCUCAAUUCUGCUUUCAAUUUGAUAAGGUCUAAUAAGAUAAUCGUAUUAAAAGAUGUUGAUACACAAUCAAGGAUAAUACUUGACAGAAGCAAAAUAGAAUUUGAAAAACCUAAAGUUACUAAAUAUUUAAAAAGCUCAGAAAAUGGAAAUUCAAAAAAAAAUAGUAAUAAGCUAACUUUAGCUGCUUUCCUAAAUUGUCUAGAUGGGCAUACACUCCCGAGCGGAACAAUUAUUAUAAUGACUACAAAUCACGUGGAAAAACUUGAUUCUGCCUGUAUUAGGAGAGGCAGAAUGGAUAUCCAUUUAGAAUUAGGAUAUUGUACACAUUAUCAAAUAAGAAAAAUGUACAGACAAGUAUAUAAAGAAUUGCUUAAAGAGAAAUCAGAACUUACUGGAAUUUUGUUAGAUUUUCUCAUAGAUCAUCUCAAUAAAAUUCAAGAGAAAGUGAUACCUACUUGUAAAGCUAUAAGAAUUAUGCUAACAUGUCUAGAAGGAAAAAAAAUUGAAUCAAUACCUUCAAAAAUUUCAGAAUUAGUAAUGAAAUAUGAAAAUUUCUGA